CUAGGAAUUAACGGAGAGAAGAGAGAAUCGACAGGAAUCAACUGGGUGAUUCUGUUACCAAGGUGAAAACAACCGAUUAAGGAAUGUUGUCUUAUUCAAAAGUACACAGAGGAUGUUAAGAGUCAGAGGGAGAGUAGUAGGGAGGAGUAGAAAAGAUAGAGGGUAAGGAGGUUAGAGAGGAAUGGAGAGGGUAGGGAGGAGGAGAGAGGGUAGAGAGGAGGAGAGAGGGUAGGGAGGAGGAGAGAGGAGAGAGCGUAGGGAGGAGGAGAGAGGGUAGGGAGGAGGAGAGAGCGUAGGGAGGUGUCGAGGUGUGCUGUGCAGGGGUGAGUCAGUAUAGAGGGAGAAAGGGAGAGUAUAUAGAUAGAUAGCUUAGCUUGGCUGUUAGAAACGGAUGAGAGUGGAGUCACCUGAUGUGUGUGAGGGGCGAUCAACACUGGGCAGACUUGGAGCAGAGUGACGCAGAGAGGAACUUAGACUUAACACUGCUCUAAUACACACACAUACACACACACGGCUGAAGCCAGGACAAAAUCAUAGAGGACCGGGAGAGAGGGAGAGAUUGUAGGACGAGUGUGGGGUGAGCAGCAGCCAUGGCAGAGAACUCUAUGUACCAGCGUCUGUCCUACGAGAGAGAAGAGGAGGAGGAGGAAAAGAAGGAAGAGAGGAAGAAGGGAUUAAUGAAGGAGAGAGGGGAAGAAGAGAUGAUGACGGAGGAGGGGACAGAGUGGUUGGUAGAUCUGUUAACAGACGUUCAGCUGCAGCAGUACUUCCUGCGUAUUCGUGAUGAGCUGAACGUGACGCGCCUGUCACACUUUGACUACGUCAAGAACGAAGACCUGGAGAAGAUCGGCAUGGGGCGCCCAGGACAGAGGAGGCUUUGGGAGGCAGUCAAGAGAAGGAGAGCUCUCUAUAAACGCAAGUCCUGGAUGAGCAAGGUACAGCACACAGUGUUUCCAGGGAAACGAACUGACUCUGACUUGGACCCCCAGCAGCUCCGGGGGGCGUUGCCCAACUUGAAAACUCCAGGGUUAACCCCGUCCAGCGAUGGGAUGGGGGCAGCCCUGACCUGUCUGAUCCGAGAGGCGGAGCUUCAGCUGUGUGAACGACUUGGAGACGGAACCUUUGGAGUCGUCAGGAGAGGAGAGUGGACUGGAACCACUGGACAAAUGCUGUCAGUAGCGGUGAAGUGUCUGAAGACAGACAGUGUGUUGGACACUGAGGGGUUGGAUGAUUUCAUCAGAGAGGUGAACGCCAUGCACUCCCUCAACCACCAGAACCUCAUACGGCUCUAUGGAGUGGUGCUCACACACCCCAUGAAGAUGGUGACGGAGCUGGCUCCUCUUGGUUCUCUGUUGGAUCGUCUGAGGAAGCGACAGGGACACAUCCUCAUCUCCUCUCUGUGUGGCUACGCUGUACAGGUGGCGUGUGGCAUGGCAUACCUAGAACAGAGGCGAUUCCUCCACAGAGACCUGGCGGCGAGGAAUGUCCUGCUGUCAACCAAUGAGAUGGUGAAGAUUGGUGACUUUGGCCUGAUGAGGGCACUGCCAUCACACCAGGAUACAUACGUAAUGGAGGAGAGUCACAAGGUGCCCUUUGCAUGGUGUGCUCCAGAGUCAUUGAGGAGCAGGAGUUUCUCUCAUGCUUCAGACACUUGGAUGUUUGGAGUCACUCUGUGGGAGAUGUUUACACACGGACAGGAGCCAUGGCUAGGACUCAAUGGCAGCCAGAUUCUCCAUAAGGUGGAUGUGGAGGGGGAGAGGCUGGUGAAGCCAGAAGACUGUCCCCAGGAUGUUUACAACGUGAUGCUGCAGACCUGGAGCCCUCAGCCUGAUGACAGACCAACAUUCACCGCCCUCAGAGACUUUCUAUUGGAGACCAUGCCUACAGACAUGAGAUCACUGCAGGACUUUGAAGAACCAGACAAACUUCAGAUCAACAUGAAUGACAUCAUCACUGUUGUCGAGGGCAGAGCAGAGCUCUAUUGGUGGAGAGGUCAGAACAGAAGGACGUUGCGCGUGGGACAGUUUCCUCGCCACGUGGUCACGUCGGUCAGCGGCCUGUCGGCCCAAGACAUCAGCAGACCCCUCACACACUCCUUCAUUCACACUGGACAUGGAGACACUGACCCACACAGGAGCUGGGGGCACGCUGACCGCAUAGACAGUCUGUACUUGGGAAACCCUAUGGACCCCCCUGAUGUUAUGGGAAUGGAUCCUUCCACUGCCCGGCCCACCAAACUACCCAGCCGCACCAGGAAGAAGCCUCCUCCUCGUCCUCCUCAGCCUGCUGUCCAGAUCAACAAGCCGUUCUAUGACUCUGUGUUAGAUGAUGAUGAUGAAUAUGAAGGUGCUUCGUCGGGGCUGAAGAGGCUGGGCGCGGCUAUAGGCCUUAAACUCCACCCGGGGGAGGGGUCAGGUGUGAGGUCGGCCAAAAGCGAAGUCUCGCUCAUCGACUUCACCGAUGACAGCUUCAGCUCGGCCACGCCCUCCCCUCUCACUGAGACACGCAUACCUGACCAGGACACACUCCAGGACCUUCCUUCCAUCCUGGACUGGCCCCUCCCUCUUCCAGCCUACGACGAGGUUGCCACUGAGGCUGAGGGUCAAUUGGCAGACCAGGAGGUUCGAUCUAUCACUGGAUUACCAGAGGGGAUGUUGGCUCCGCCCAACACUGAUGCAGAGAGGAGGGGCUUAACUCAGUCAGCUGAUCUGUUCCAGGAGCUGCAGAGAGAGGUGAUGGUGAAGCUGCGUGUUCCCAUGACAACCGGCCGUUCCCUCCCCUCCUCCCCCCUCCCCCUCUCCUUGGCCCCUCACAGACAGAUCUACCUUCCUCCCCCCUCCUCUUCCUCCUAUGAGGACAGACCCAUGCUACCUCCACGCUCCCCCAUCCCACCCCUCCGCUCCUCCAAAUGCGUUUCCCUAUGUGAGAGGGAAAACACACCCCCUCAGAUCCCUCCCAGAGACCACGCCUUCUCUCAGCCCUCCUCCCGCUCCUCCUCCCCCCUUCCUUUAGUGCUUCCCCUCUCUGUCUCCCCUCUCUCCUCCUCCCUUUGUCUCCCCCCUCCUCCCCUCUCCUUCUCUCCUCGUCAGAGGACUGGACUAUACGGGGUUGUUGGUCCUCUCGGCUCUCUAAUCUCCUCCUCCCCCUCUUCCUCUCCUCCCUCCUCCUCCCUCUAUUCCUCCAUGCUUAUGGCUGCCCCUCCCUCCAGUUCCUCGUUGGAUCCCCUCUCUGAGGGGCGUGGCCUGUCAAUACUUAUUGACAACUCUCAGAGUUCUGAACGUCCCGCCUACUUAGAGAGGUAUGGAGCCACCAAGAUGGCCACCGUCCGACCCAUGGUGCAACAGCAGCCAGGUGGGGGUGGGGCCAGGCCUAACUCCUCUUACAACAACAACAACCACAGGACUCAACAUUUAACUACAGCUCCCAGCAAGCAACGGGAGAACAGCCUCAUUCAGGUAGAACAGUUGUUCCAGCUGGGUCUGCGUUCUAGGACAGAGUGCCAGGAGGUUCUAGAGCGUUGCCAGUGGAACCUGAAACAGGCAAGCACCAUGCUACUGGACUCUUAUGGAAAAGUAGGCUGAGACAGACUCCAGGACUACUGACCUACAGACUUAAAAGUACUGAUCUUUAACCCUACAGACCUACUGUUCUAAAAACUACAAACCUUUACCUAUUACUACAGACCUUUAACUACAGACCUGAAACAACAAACCUUUACCUAUUACUACAGACCUUUAUCUACAGACCUGAAACAACAAACCUUUACCUAUUACUACAGACCUUUAUC